GUCAAGGUAAACAACCUUCAGCCAAACAUCAGCCACCCUCCAUGUCGUUGUAUUAAAACCAAUGGAACUAUCAGCUGGCUUUCUCGGAGUUCACCAAGAUCCAUCAACGAAGAUGACUCCAAGUUCGCCUUAAAAUGCGUCUGAUCAACACAUCAACCCUUGAAUUACACGAGUUCUUCGGCACCAAGACGCCAGCUUAUGUAAUUCUCUCUCACUUCUGGGGUGAUGACGAAGUGACAUUCCAUGAUUUAAGAGAUGGAACAGGCCCCCAGAGGCAGGGGUGGGGGAAGGUUUUGGGAUGCUGUGACAAAGCUUUGGAAGACGGAUGGGAGUUUGUGUGGAUCGAUUCCUGCUGCAUUGAUAAGACCAGCAGCGCCGAGCUCUCAGAGUCCAUCAAUUCUAUGUUCGCUUGGUACAAAAACGCCCACGUUUGCUAUGCUUACCUAUCUGAUGUUCCGGGGGGCAACCGUGACUACGAAACAGGCGGACUGAGCCUCUAUAUAGCUCUCGAGCAGAGUCGAUGGUUUACUCGAGGUUGGACACUCCAAGAGCUGCUUGCCCCCGAGUGGGUGAUAAUUCUUGCGGAUGACUGGUCUGCACUGGGUACCAAAGCAAGCUUGGCAACUGAUCUGACUGCAAUUACCGGAAUAACGGACCUCUUUAACUUUGAAGAAGCAAGUGUGGCCCAAAAGAUGUCUUGGGCUGCUCAUAGGAAGACUACCCGGCUCGAAGACCGAGCCUAUUCUAUGAUGGGCUUGUUCGAUGUUAACAUGCCACUACUCUACGGGGAGGGAAACAAAGCAUUCAUCAGGCUGCAACUUGAGAUCCUGAGCCGAAGUGAUGAUGAGUCAAUAUUUGCGUGGUCAAAUCCAAGGCCUGAAACACCCCGUCCUGGACUUCUUGCCGAGACCCCGGAGUGUUUCGCAGACUGUGGUCAGAUCAGGAGAGGGGACUUUGACCCCGAUCGACCGCCUCAUUUUAUGACCAAUAAAGGUUUGCAGAUGCAGUUACUUCUGCAGCAACGAAAGGUUCCUUAUCACUUGGAACCGACGGCAGGCGAUACCUAUGUUGCUCCUCUUAACUGCACACUUCCAGGUGAAAACGGGUUCGUGUUCGUGGUGAUAUAUCUCCUUGAAGAUGGUGGAACUUAUUUCCGGUACGGGGAUCCAGAUUUGACAGCCGACGACUGGGCUACAGCGAAGACCCAGGCAGAUAUGGAGCGGAAGCUCGUCCAUAUUAAGGUCCAUAUUAAGCAAUCAAGGCACAAUGAAUCGAUGGCCGAAGUCUCUCGCUCUGGAAAGAUCUCUUAUACAGUCAGCUUUGAUCUCUGGGCAAUGUGGAAAACUGGUUUCGCUCUAUCCGAAGGCAUCAUGUGGCCGGAAAACGAAAGCUCGUGGAAUUUCUGGCGGGACAACUUAUCAGCAGACUACCAACUCGUUGUCACGAUCACAUCUACAAAGUAUUCUGUCUUGUUACGUUUCAAGCAUCCAUUGAUGUUAAAUGGGUUCACGAUCAUUGUUGGGUAUUGUCUGCGACGGCCAUGGAUAGCGGCCAUCACACACGAGGCCUUGGAAUCCUUGAAAACAGUUGCUUCGUCCCUCGACAAACAGAAUGCGUGGCCACGUUUUUACUAUGACCCGAGGAGGUUUCAAGAUAGAGUGGAGGUAGACCUCUGGUAUUCUUGGUUCAUUGAGGUAACGCUGCAAAAGGCUGGUGUGCAGCAUUCAUACGGCCCGGAAAAGUAUUGGGUGAAAAUGAAUGUAAAGCAACGGCCUGGAGAGAACGGAGAUUCGAUCCAUGAAUCCGAUUCACAUACUCUUGACAGAGAGGUUGAGGGUGAGCUUGAGGAAGAGGCAGCUGAGGUCGAGCUUUCUGGGCUAGAGGAUAGUAGGGCAUCUGACGCUGCUCUACUCGGACAGGACGUGCUUGUGAGUGGCACGUCGGGGGACAAGGAAGCGUUGACACCAAGCCACUCGCCUCUCAAACAAGAUGAAGUAUGCGGCAGGUUGAGGGAGAAGGAAGCAACAGUUGCAAAUGAAUCUCCACUACAACAGAAUGAUGUUAGUACAGAUGUUAUGGCAUGACUCCUCAGAUCUAAAUCUCAUAUCACAAGUUAAUGUAACAAGACCGAAAUGGAUUUGAAAAGCUCG